AUGCCGCUGCCACCAACGACGGCGGCGGCGGAGUUCAAGCCCGACCCAGAGGUCGCGCGCUUCGCCGUCAUGAGGCCCCGCCCUGUGACCCUGCCGGAGCUCCUGUCAUGCCUGGAGCCCUGGCGAGCGGCCAAGUUCAUUCAGGCUGCGCGCGGCUCUUUCUGCAUUCCGGUGAGCACGUGGUGGGCGCGGCCGCUGCGGUCGGCGUUCCGGGGGAGCCCGCUUUUCUCGUACCAGAUCAGAGUGAGAGGUGCCCAAGCGGUCUGA